AUUUAUUUUAUUUUACUUGCUGUCUUGCUUUCUUUUGUUUAAUAGACCAAAUAUACAUAUAUUCAAAAUGUGAUUGAAGGGACGUCACUUUUAUCUCUUGGUCAUGGCUUCAGGUGCAUACAUGUAGAGAGUGUAAUGGUGGUGUAUGUCUGGCUGAAAAUCAGAGAAAGAGUUAAAUUUGAACAGAUCACUUUUGUUUCUCUGAUGAAUAAAGCAGUAUUAGUUUUUGAAAAGGCGAACACCUUGUUAAUCAGCUCUUAGUGAGUGGAAUUAUAAUAAAUUACAAUGUAAGUAAAGAGAUAUUAUUGAAAACUUUCUGCGAGCUCUUAAGAUCGUGAUAAUAGCUAGUUCUUUUAAAAUAAUAUAAAUAGGCUUUAAACACCUAAAAUUAAAUAAUGUCAUGUCUUUAAAUGACAAGUAUUCAUGUCCUCAACUCAAAACCUGAAAACAUCUUUGAGAUCUCCUCCUGUCUGAAGCAUAGAGGGAGAACUUGGUGUAUGUUUGACAGGGGAGAACAGCAAUAUAUUACAGGGCAGUUUUUUCUUUUUUUCUUUUUACCCAAUCCAUAGCCGACUACACCACCUGGAUUUUUUUUUACAGAGACCCAGGACUCAAUUUGUCCUUUUCUGUUCACCAAGUUGAACUCAGUACCACUCAAAUUUUCCACAGAGGGUGAGGCAUCAACAGACACUCAAGGAGUAUAAACACAUAACAAGCUUUUAUUUACCAGAAAACAUAACUUUAAAAAUAGCGAACAUAUAAAAAGGAAUGAUUCGCGGCACUCUCGCUCGGCAGUCUGGAACUCUCAUGCUGGCAUCCUCUCAUCCAUAUGCUCCUUUAGCCAUCCCUCGUCUUCUUCACCAGACAGCCUCUGACAGGCAAACAGGCAAAGGUUGUGACAGCACGAAGAAUGGCUUCAAUUGGAGACCCACCUCAAGAAUCAGAUCUGAGGAUUAUCAUCAUUGGACCCAGUGAGGUUGAUGUGGCUUCAUUUGGAAACAUCAUCCUUGGGAGAGAGAUGUUUGGAUCUCAGAGUAGCAAGUGCAUAAAGAGGGAUGGAGAGAUAGCUGGUAGAAAAUUAACAGUGGUAGUCACACCUAAUCGAUGGUCCAGACUUCUACUGCUUGACAAUUCAGAGCGCGAUAAGCAAGAGCUAAUGCUCAGCAUGCUUCUGUGUGAUCCUGGACCUCAUGCCAUCCUUCUAGCCAUUGGUGAGGAGGAGGUCACAAAGGAUAUGGCUAUCUCAAUGAAGGAACACACAGAGCUUCUUGGCCAGGAAGUUUGGGAUCAUACAAUAUUAUUAUACUCUUCUGACAACCAGCAAGAAAAAUGUGUAAAGGGAUCAGGAGCAGCUUUCAAGAGGAUUACAGAUAAAUGUGGAGACAGAUAUCAUGUUCUCAGCAACACAGACCAUGGUGACAGAAUUCAGGUCACAGAGCUACUGAAGAAGAUAGAUGAGAUGCUACAGAAAAAUAAAGGGAAACACUGUGAGAUACACAGGAAGAUCUACCUUGUACAGAAAUGGAGGGAAGCUGAAGAUAAUCGAGCAGAACAAAGACUACUAAUGACUCAGAAUCACAGAAAGAUGCUGAGAUCAAAAAUGGGAAGCACAAGCCACAGUUCUGACAUCAGAGUUUUGCUAACAGGCUAUCAGUUUUCUGGAAAGAGCUCAACAGGAAACACAAUUCUUGCACAGGAGGCAUUUGUGACAUUUCCCAAAAAGAGGAUGUCAAAGUGUGUAAAAAGUGAAGGAGUUGUUCAAGGAAGGCAUUUUACUGUAGUGGAUAUUCCAGGACAAUGGAGAAUUCACUCAGUUGAGUACACUACUGAGCUUUGCAAGCAGGAAAUGAUGCUUAGCGUAACUCAGGGGUGAAGGGGAUGCGCUGCAGUGGCUUGUAGAAAAAUGUGGAAACAGGUACCAUGUUUUGGACACUAAAGGGAAGAAAGAAGACGUGCAAGUCCCUGAGCUGAUGAGAAAGAUCGAACAUGUAGUGGCAAAAAACAAGAGCUGUCCUUUUCAGUUGGAGAAAGAAAUCCGUGAGAGAUUUGAGAGGAAAUGUUCCAUUGUAAACAAUGGAACUGAACAGAAGAUGUUGCAAGGCAGCAUGCACAUCAUUCAACCUAGCAUGGGUGAUGAUUGCUAUUAUGAUGAUGAUGAUGAUGAUGAUGAUGAUAAGAGCUCUGGUUUUGGCUCAGCGCUAUCUCUACAGCUUGGAACUUCAUCCAUUUCAUCGUUAAGGUAGGCAAACUAAUAAAUAGAUACACAUUUCAAUGUUAUCUGACUAAAACCGAUGUUUGCUUCAAAUAUAAAUCAACAGGGGUAGGUCACACUCAACAAAUUCACUUUAAUAAGAGCAGAACUCUGGGAGACCUGUCUGACCCUGACACCAGUUUGAAAUCUAUAAGAGAAUCAGCAGAAGACAAGAAGCUGAAAAUCAAGACACUGAAAUAUACAUUAACAAGGAAAGAUCUGAAAGGAGCGUCACUCACAAAUACAAAGUAAAUGCACUGGAUAUGAACUGAUGUAAUUUUAUCAUGUGUAAUUUGAUCUAGUGACAGAUGAUUAAGUAGGAAAUGCAACAACUAAUGAUGAACUAUCAGCAACAAGUAAUAAUGUACCAGCCUGCAGAAUAUUUUUAUUCUUAUUUUAUUUUAUUCUUUUAUAUUUUGCUUGGUAUUAUAUAAUAGUCAAUUUGGCUUUUGUGUAAUAUAAUGAUCUAUAUGUGUAAUAAAAUGAUUUGUGUAAGUAAUGUUUAAAAAAGUGUAUGUUUUAAUGUUUAUACAGUAUGUACAUAGUCUGUAUACUUUAAAGCCUAUAAAGCAUGUAAACUUAGAAUUUAAACAGAGUUACUUGUUAUAAAUCCUACACCAACAGAGAGGAAUAUGAGACAGGAAAUAGGGCUUGUUUGUACCACACUUCAAAAGUGUUAUUAUUGUUAUUAUUAUUAUUAUUAUUAUUAUUAUUAUUAUUAUUAUUAUUAUUAUUACCUGUACCUAGGUCGCACUCAACAAAUUCACUUUAAUAAGAGCAGAACUCUGGGAGACCUGUCUGACCCUGACACCAGUUUGAAAUCUAUAACAGAAUCAGCAGAAGACAAGAAGCUGAAAAUCAAGACACUGAAAUAUACAUUAACAGGGAAAGGACUAGAGAUAGCAUCACUCACAAAUACAAAGUAAAUGCACUGGAUAUGAACUGAUGUAAUUUUAUCAUGUGUGAUUGGAUCCAGUGACAGAUGAUUAAGUAGGAAAUGCAACAACUAAUGAUAAACUAUCAGCAAAAACAAAUAAUAAAAAUAUACCAGCUUGCAGAACAUCAGUGUAUUUUACUUGGUAUUAUAUAAAAGUCUAUUU